AUGACGACGCCACUCCUACCGGGAGAUCGUGUAGAGGGAAAGUCUAAGAAGCUCGCUGGGCGGCGUGGGGUCGUGCUCUUGGUCAGCAAGGAGUCUAGAAUGCGCUCCUAUAAAGUCCAAUGGGACUCAGGAGUUGUAGAGAGCGUCUCAGCCCGCUCAAUACGCCGCGAAGUGGGGGUAGCUGCGUGGACACCACCCGAUCUCGCCCAAAUAGCUCGUCUGGAGGAAGGUGAUGCAGGUGCUGACGUGGCAGACUCCAGCUCAGACAUGAGCAUCAGUAGCAGCUCGUCGGAAGGAGAGAGCGUGUGCGCUGCUAGUAGCACCACCGCUGCUGCUGGCGGUGAUUGUGAAGCCCAGCGAGCCGAGACUGAGAGAGACGAAAGUGUGUACGCCCACGGAAGGAAAUGGGUACAUCGUGAUGCUGUGUUUAUUGACCCCGCGGAUUUCGUUCCUGCGCGAAAAGCAUCACUUCACUGGCCGUUGCAUCUGCAACUGGGGACGCUCGUUCGCAUCCUACUUCUAUCUCAUGUACCCGGUGGGAUCUUUGCAAACAACGAUACAAGAAACGAAUAA